AUGUCGCUUCGCCAACUUUCUCUUCGCCCUGGCUAUAUCCGAGUGGCCUCCUUUGUGUUCAGGACGUCGUAUACCUCGAGAUGCGGCAUUCGAUACUCGAGCACAGCCCCGGCCACAGUUGUCGAUAGGUCAUUCUGGCGAAACUUGGUACCGAAGCCACUGAGAAAGGAGAAUCGCCAGUUGAGGAAGAAGUCCAAGGAAUGGAAUCCCGCGACAUUCUUCAUUGCCAUAUUUCUUCUUAUCGGGUCCAUGUCGAUUCAAAUGAUUACUUUGCGAAAUUCCUUUGAUCGAUAUAUGCGACAUUCAGAGGCUCGAAUUGCAUCCCUGCGGGAAGUUGUCGAGAAAAUCCAACGAGGCGAGCCAGUUGACGUGGAGGCGGCACUUGGAACUGGAGAUCCUGCAAAGGAAGCCGAUUGGGAAGAGAUGUUGAAGGCGAUUGAACGUGACGAAGCAAUUCGCAAGUCGAAAAGAGAGAAGCCAGAGCGAAGUGAGCCCGCAAACACAACCUCAUCAACCUCAACCCAGAAUGCACAGUCUGUCAAGGCUGCACCGACAAACACAAAACCCGGAAGUCUUGGUAAUUUCAUUUAA